CAUCGAUAAAGUGACUAGUUUUGUGCGGAUCGGGCAGGAGAGGGUUUCUUGGUGAAAGUGGCAAUUUUUGUACCACAGCAGGAUGGCAUCGAAUGAAACCGUUCGUUCUGCGGUUGAAAUUGAACAGGACUAUCAGGAGUCGGAUAAAACGAGAGCCUCAAAUCCGGAAGAUUUUCCAAACUUUCGCGACUUUCAAAUUGUUAAGAUGGUACAACACUUCCGCGUCGUAACGGAUGGUUCGCAAGAGCAGCUACGGCUCGGUUUCAAGUGCAAAACUUGCGGGGUAACAUUUAAUAAAACGAUGCAACUGCUCGGCCACAUACGGUUGCACUUCGAGGAUGAACACACGUGUCGGGAAUGUGGAAAGUACUUUUUCGACCCGAGCAAGCUGCAGAUACACAUCAAGGCCAAACAUACGAUAAACUUGUUGAAUUGUCAGUUCGGGUGUCCCAACUAUACAUCGCCCAGCUUCAAAUGCCUUCAGCUACAUUACGAGCGGUUCCAUUUCGUUAAAAUUCGCAUGCGAGAGCUACGUAAAAUGGACGAAGCUAUAAAGAACGGUGGUACGGUAAUGACGGAGAUAAUAUCCAAAAAGCAACGCCGUAAACAGGUUCACGCAACCGAUUUGUUGCGAUCUGCAUCGAGUGGUGAAGAUUCGCAAGGUGCCGAAGGACCGUUACGGGAAGAGGCGGAAGAGCAACAGCAACAGGAAGAGCAACCAGUGCAGCAGGAACAGCGGCAACAAGAGGAACAAGAGCAACCUAUACAACAACCUAUGCAGCACACACUGCCGCAACAAAUUCAGCUGCAGCAAAUACAGAUACAGGCACCACAGCUGAUACAGCAUCAUCACCAGCUGGCUCAGUUGCCGCAGCACCAGCCGUACGUAAUUCAAACGGUCGAAGCAGUCGAGGAGGAAGACGACGGUUUCGACGAUGAUGAUGAUGGUAGCGAAAAGGUAAGGUCCGAACCGGCGGAAGAGAAUGCAAUCUAUGAUGACCAAAUGCAGUGCUGCGUGUGUGGUGCGAUAUUCGAGGAUGAGCAGCAGUUGGAGAUGCAUGAAAAUUCACACACCGCACCGUUAGAGUGUAGCUUCUGCAGCAUGAACUUCAUGCAGCUAUCGGACAUACGGCAGCAUUAUCAAAGCAGACAUCAGGCAGUAAGCAGACCGUCUCCAUACGUUAUUGCGCACCCGAGCGGGCCUCUGGUACAGCAGCAAGGUUUACAUCAAAUCGUACAUAAUCCGCACCAGUUGCAGCAGCAAGAGCAACAGCAACCGCAACAGUUGCAGCAAACUACCCAGUUCAUUCCGAGCGCAUCGAAUGGAGCGAUGACGACGGUGUUGGUAAUGCAAAACGGAAUAGUCAUACCGGUGCAUGCAAUCGAUAGUGCACAGUUGACCGCAGUCAAUCCUUACCAGCACCAAACGUCACCAACGGCUACACUCGCACCGAUCGCACAAGGGUCCCAAAUUGCAUGGCCAAUCACGGCAACACCGAUAGCGGCCACCCAUCAGCACCAUCACCAGCAGCAAAUCCUUCCACCGGUGCAUAAUCAGAUCGAAAUUAUUCCUCUCCAUACCAGCCCGACAGCUGGCGGAUCGGCACCCCACCACAGCAUCAUCACGUCGAUCGCACCGCAACAGAUACAAGGGCAAGCGCCACAAACACUUACUCCAAUACAGCUCAGCAUUAAGGAUGCGAGCGGGAAUGUGAUUGGUGGUUGUGGUGGAACAACAAACGGGUCAGGCGGAUAUGUUAUUAAUCAGAUUGCAUCGAUUGAUCCGAGCUAUUUGAAGCAAAUAGAUCCAGUGUUACAUCAGCAGCAGCAACAACAACAGCAACAGCAGCAACAGCAACAGCAGCAGCAGCAGCAGCAGCAGCAGUCACCGCAGCAGCAACAACAGCAACAACAACAGCAGCAGUCACCGCAGCAGCAGCAGCAACAACAACCACAGCAAAUACAUCAACAGUGGCACAGUGUUCAGCAGUUUAACUCGUAGUAAUAGGAGGAAGCACGGGUUUUGGGUGGAGUACACCUUUACAUGGUGUUCAACUAGGCUAGCUAAAGAACUCUUUCGUUUAUCCCUCUCUUACGCUGGAUACAUUCAACACAAAACAACCCUUUAUGAUGCAAAUUUGGUAGGAAAACUUGAGAUCGGCAAAAGUGGUGCAACAGGAUCAAGAUAUGUGUACAUUAUAUCAACCUUAAUGCAAGUUUCCCGCAACAAAGGAGGUGUUUUCCAAUAAACCGGGUAUUUCAUAUAUAAGUUUCAUCCGCUUCACUUCGUACCACGCUAUCAAGGUAUCUCGCCUUUUGUAUUUUUUAGUUAAAUAUUAGAACUCUAUGUUAGGUAUGAAAUAAAUGAGUCAGGUAAAUUUUGUUGUCUCUUAAAAUUCAGUAUUUUGAGAGAUUU